CCAAAUUUAAAAAGAAUGUUGGUGAUGAUAAAUAAAUAGUAAUAGUGAACCAUGCACCCAAACAAAGUAAAAAAAUAUUUUUACUUUGUGAUAUGUGCAGUUGUAGUGUCGUACAUGUCUGGCCUAUUUCUUUACAUACUAGAAGAAGAUUAUAGCAAAGACUUUAAAUACCCAUUUGAUGUUGAUAUAAACUUAUUAGUUAAUCAGCUAAGACAGAAAGAAGUACCAGAUGUAGCACCAAUUAAUACUUACAACUAUGAUUAUAUUUAUUCGUGUUCUCAGAAGUGCAAACUAGAGGAUCCUCUUUAUACGCAGGGAAUAAGAUUAGUAUACUUAAUUAAGUCAGCUCCACAUAAUAAUAAUAAAAGACUAGCAAUCAGGAACAGUUGGGGAUUUGAAAGACGAUUUAGUGAUGUUGAAAUAAAAACAGUAUUCCUCUUGGGCAUAACUAGUAAUGAAAUUCUUCAAAGGAAAAUAAAAGAAGAGUCUUCAACCUUCAAUGACAUUAUCCAAGCCAAUUAUAUUGACUCCUAUUUCAAUAACACAGUUAAAACCAUGAUGGGAUUCAAAUGGGCAAUAACUUACUGCAAUGAAUCAAAGUUUUAUAUGUUUGUUGAUGAUGAUUAUUAUGUAUCAACCAAAAAUGUUCUCAGAUUUGUAAGGAAUCCAGCAAAUUAUCCUCAAUAUUUGAAAGAAUACCUCCAAACUUUACCAAAAGUCAAACUACCCUUUAUCAGAAGAAAAAGACAAAAUAUAAACUUUGAGUUACCAGAAGAUGUUAAACUAUAUGCAGGAUAUGUGAUUGUGUCAAAACCUCAAAGGUUCAUAACAAGCAAAUGGUAUGUAAGUUUAGAGGAAUACCCAUACAACAAAUGGCCUCCCUAUGUCACUGCUGGAGCUUAUGUUCUAUCAAGAGAAGCACUUUUACAAAUGUACUAUGCCAGCUUCUACACUAAACAUUUUAGAUUUGAUGAUAUUUAUCUUGCACUUGUAGCUAAAAAAGUAGAUAUUGAACCCUUUCAUUGUGAUGAGUUCCACUUUUAUAGAAAAAAGUAUGAACCUAAAGAAUACCAAUACACAAUUGCAUCACAUGGGUUUAAUAAUCCAGAAGAGUUAUUGCAAAUAUGGACAAAUCAGAAAAGUUUAGGAAAUGCAUGAUAUUUUUCAACAUUAAAUGGAAAUUAUGUGAUCUGAAAAUAAUAAGACUGUUUAAGAAAAUAAUUAAAAGCAUAUCACAGUUUUAUAACACAGUUGCUGCAUAACUUAUGCAAUAAAGCUGUAAACUACUAAAUGCAUUAAUUUUAUUUUAUUAAAAAAAUGUGAAGAUAUAAUAGAAGCUGUAUGUACAGCAUUUAAAAGUCCAAAAAUUGUAUUAAAACAGUUAUUAAAUAUAAUAUACAUACUUGUUCUA